ACAUCGAAACAGCUGACUGUCGCAGCCGAUCUUCUUGAUUUUAUUUUGUUACAAACACGAAAAAACAAUUAAUUUUCACCGAAUUUUGCUCGCAAUCUAUUCGACCGAAUCUCUUACCAUUAUUAUGAGCUGUUCUCUACUAUAUUAGUGGGCAGAAGUUAAUUCAAAGAGCGAAAUCAGAACUUAAAACGCUUUUUGUUUUGAAUAAAAAUGAUGCGAGUCUUGAAGUCGAGCCAGUUGUUGAGGGUUGGUGUGCUGCCAGUUUUAUCGCAACGUUUUCUCAACUCGAACAGCAGCGUCGUCACGAAAAUCCACAGAAACACGUUCACGAGAACGUAUCCCACGGUGCUCGUCUUUCCCGAUGGCUCCAGCAUUCGAAUUAGAUAUCCAGAGCCGAGACAAAUUAUCACACUUCCCUUUGACUUGAGUAAAUUGACUGAAGCUGAGAAGAAGGUGCGGCUGGAGAGGCGAAAACCAAAGGAGAAAAUUAUAAUUGAGGAGGAUUACGAUGAUGAUUUCGACCCCACAAAGUACCUCCAAACUUCAAAGAAAAAAUAGCCAGAAGUAAAAUAAUUGUUGAUUUACGGAGGCUUGAUUUUUUGUGUGUAAAAAUGAUGUUAGUUCAAAAAUAAAAAAAUUAGACGAAA